AUGCCCACCCUCGCCACCAUCAACGGCCCCGCGCUCGGCGGCGGCCUCGAGCUCGGGCUCGCGUGCGACUUGCGCAUCGCAGGACACGCCGUGACGAAGAUCGGGCCGCCCGAGGUCAGGCUCGGGAUCGUCCCCGGCGCGGGCAGGACACAGCGGCUCACGCGCCUCCUGGGUCUCUCAUCUUCGCCGCGCAGGAGGCGUUGA